UGCGAUAGAAUCAACACUAUCGAGCAUCUGUGUCAGAUGGAAAGAACGCAUGGCUAUAUCAACGGGCCUACGUUCGCUUAUAUACACAUCUCUUUUAUUCCUACGUCCCAACGAAGACAACGUCUUGGUUACAUCAAGUGAUGUGCAGCUUAUUCGCAGCGGCAGUACCUGCAAGUGUUCAGUUUGAGCUUUUGUGUUCGAUCCAAAGCGCAGGACUGUUUGGUUAGCUGGUUGUGCGUGUAGUUGUAGUGUGUAAUGUGUAAAGUGUAAUACAAAGUCUUCAUCGACUUGCGUUUGUUAAGUUUUUCGUCCAACUGCAUUUUGUGCAAUAAUAAAAUAUUAGAAACAAAUACCAUAUACCAAAAUAAAAGACAAAGCAAUAGGCGCUGUAAUAAAAAAAAUAAAUAAAAAUAAAAACAAAAUCUUAAAGAAAUUGUGACCGAAAAAUAACGAGUGGAAUCCGCCUUGCUAUUCUUAGUCCUCGGGCAUAAUAUAUCGGAAACCCGGCCACUGCGAAAUAUAGAGCGGCCUUUGGCUUCCAAGCUAAAUGUCCGGUUGCCACUCUUGUGCCAUGCGGACCGCGUGUCACUCCCGACAAAUGCGUAUUGUGGUUCAUCUUGUGUAAUAUAAUUAUGGCCGAGUGGUCGUUACGAAAGUAUCAAAAAUUGGAUAUAGUGACGGUUGGAAGCAGCUCAGGAAGCAGUGCUAGCAGGGCAUCAACAGGACUCCUUAGGCGGGGGGCACUUGGGUCGAAAGGGAGCCCAUCGCUUAGCUGAUAGAAUGGGUGGCCCGAAAAAAGAGGAAAACCCACCAGGUGGUGGUCCAACGUCAUUGUUUAUCCUAACCGAGGAUAACCCAAUUAGAAAGUACACACGAUUCAUCAUUGAAUGGCCGCCCUUUGAGUACGCUGUGUUAUUGACAAUCAUAGCCAACUGUGUUGUGUUGGCACUAGAAGAGCACUUGCCAGAAGGCGACAAGACAGUAUUGGCUCAAAAAUUGGAAAAAACGGAGGCCUAUUUUUUAUGCAUUUUCUGUGUAGAAGCAUCGCUCAAGAUCCUUGCCUUAGGGCUUGUUCUGCAUAAACACUCCUAUCUCAGGAAUAUUUGGAACAUCAUGGAUUUUUUCGUUGUAGUGACGGGAUUCAUGACACAGUACCCACAAAUGGGGCCCGAGGUAGACCUAAGAACACUUAGAGCCAUUCGUGUGCUACGGCCCUUAAAAUUAGUGUCUGGAAUUCCUAGUUUACAAGUAGUUUUAAAAUCUAUAAUCAAGGCGAUGGCACCUUUACUGCAAAUCGGACUCUUGGUGUUGUUUGCAAUCGUAAUAUUUGCAAUCAUUGGACUCGAGUUUUAUUCGGGCGCACUGCAUAAGACUUGUUAUAGCUUAGAAGAUCCAAACAAACUAGUGAAAGAAGGGGAAUCGGAGACACCCUGCAACACUGAUAAUAGCACAGAGAAGGCAGGAGGAUCCUUUGUAUGCAAUAGUACGACGAGCAUGUGUCUGGAAAAAUGGGAUGGACCAAAUUCAGGCAUAACAAGCUUUGAUAAUAUUGGGUUUGCCAUGCUGACCGUAUUCCAAUGUAUCACAAUGGAGGGCUGGACGUCAAUACUAUAUUGGACCAACGACGCAUUAGGUUCAACAUUUAAUUGGAUAUAUUUCGUGCCUCUUAUAGUUAUAGGGUCAUUUUUUAUGCUCAACUUAGUUCUUGGUGUUUUAAGUGGUGAAUUCGCAAAAGAACGAGAAAAAGUAGAAAAUAGACAAGAAUUUCUUAAACUUAGAAGGCAGCAGCAACUAGAAAGAGAGUUAAACGGCUAUGUUGAAUGGAUUUGUAAAGCUGAGGAGGUUAUAUUAGCCGAAGAGCGAACAACUGAAGAGGAGAAAAUGCACAUAAUGGAAGCUCGUAGGCGAAAUGCAGCCAAACGGAAAAAGCUGAAAAGUUUAGGAAAAUCAAAAUCGACCGACACUGAAGAGGAAGAAGCUGAGGAGGACUAUGGCGAUGACGGUUAUCUAAAAACUCGUUCAAAACCCCAAGGUAGCUGUACAGGGUUCUGGCGGGCCGAGAAACGAUUUCGCUUCUGGAUACGACACACAGUAAAGACGCAGUGGUUCUAUUGGUUCGUAAUAGUUCUGGUCUUUCUGAAUACCGUCUGCGUAGCUGUCGAACACUAUGGCCAGCCAACAUUUCUAACGGAAUUCUUGUACUACGCUGAAUUUAUAUUCCUGGGCCUAUUCAUGUCGGAAAUGUUUAUAAAGAUGUAUGCGCUGGGCCCUCGCAUUUACUUCGAGUCGUCGUUUAACCGUUUUGAUUGUGUCGUCAUUAGUGGUUCGAUAUUCGAGGUGAUCUGGUCCGAAGUUAAGGGUGGCUCCUUCGGCCUAUCUGUGUUGCGUGCGCUACGGCUUCUACGCAUCUUCAAAGUGACCAAAUAUUGGUCAUCUCUACGUAAUCUAGUAAUUUCAUUGCUAAAUUCAAUGAGAUCUAUUAUCUCGUUGCUCUUCUUGCUCUUCUUGUUCAUACUGAUAUUUGCACUGCUUGGCAUGCAAUUGUUCGGUGGGCAAUUCAAUUUGCCAGGAGGCACACCCGAAACAAAUUUUAACACAUUUCCCAUAGCACUUCUAACCGUGUUUCAAAUCCUUACCGGCGAAGAUUGGAAUGAAGUUAUGUAUCAGGGUAUUAUAUCGCAAGGUGGUGCAAAGAAAGGAAUGAUUUACUCUAUAUACUUUAUCGUUUUGGUACUCUUCGGUAAUUAUACGCUUUUAAAUGUGUUCUUGGCUAUCGCCGUCGAUAACUUGGCGAAUGCGCAAGAACUGACAGCAGCCGAAGAGGAACAAGUCGAAGAGGAUAAAGAGAAACAACUUCAAGAGCUAGAAAAGGAGAUGGAAGCGCUUCAAGGGGAUGGUGUUCAUCUAGAGAACGGCGAUGGCACAGUAGCCACUAGCAAGGGAAAGAGCAAGAAAAAGGAGGAAGAGAAAAAAGAAGAAGAAGAAGUAACAGAAGGACCCAAACCAAUGUUACCAUAUUCUUCGAUGUUUAUACUUUCGCCAACAAAUCCCAUACGACGUGGCGCCCAUUGGGUCGUAAACUUACCAUAUUUUGAUUUCUUCAUAAUGGUCGUCAUCUCAAUGUCAUCAAUAGCAUUAGCAGCCGAAGAUCCCGUUCGUGAGAACUCGAGGCGAAACAAAAUUUUGAAUUACUUUGAUUAUGCAUUUACCGGCGUAUUCACGAUAGAAAUGUUGCUGAAAAUUGUAGACUUGGGUGUCAUACUACAUCCUGGCAGCUAUUUAAGAGAAUUCUGGAAUAUUAUGGAUGCUGUGGUCGUUAUAUGCGCUGCUGUUAGUUUCGGUUUUGAUAUGAGCGGUAGCAGCGCUGGACAAAAUUUGUCAACUAUAAAAUCGCUUCGUGUCUUGCGAGUAUUGCGUCCAUUGAAGACCAUUAAACGUGUUCCAAAAUUAAAAGCCGUCUUCGAUUGCGUCGUGAAUUCAUUAAAAAAUGUUGUUAACAUUCUAAUCGUGUACAUAUUGUUUCAAUUUAUAUUUUCUGUUAUUGGUGUACAAUUGUUCAAUGGAAAAUUUUUUUAUUGUACGGACGAAAGUAAACAUACUUCCGAAGAGUGCCAGGGCUCGUAUUUUAAAUACGAGGAAGACGAGUUGCUGCCCAAACAGGAGAUGCGAGUGUGGAAGCCCCGCAGCUUCCAUUAUGAUAAUGUCGCCGCAGCCAUGUUGACGCUUUUUGCUGUACAAACCGGCGAAGGAUGGCCACAGGUCUUGCAACACUCAAUGGCUGCCACUUAUGAAGAUAGGGGUCCAAUCCAAAAUUUCCGGAUCGAAAUGUCCAUCUUUUAUAUAGUAUAUUUUAUUGUAUUUCCAUUCUUCUUCGUCAACAUAUUCGUCGCCUUGAUAAUUAUUACAUUUCAAGAGCAAGGCGAAGCUGAAUUACAAGACGGUGAAAUUGACAAAAAUCAGAAAUCAUGUAUUGAUUUUACAAUUGGAGCUCGACCGCUUGAACGUUAUAUGCCAAAAAAUCGUAAUACUUUUAAGUACAAAGUGUGGCGCAUUGUUGUUUCUACCCCAUUCGAAUACUUUAUAAUGAUGCUGAUUGUUUUCAAUACACUGUUAUUGAUGAUGAAGUAUCAUAAUCAAAGUGAGAUGUAUGAAAAAUCACUCAAAUACAUCAACAUGGGAUUCACAGGCAUGUUCAGUGUUGAAACUGUUCUUAAGAUAAUUGGAUUCGGUGUCAAGAACUUUUUCAAGGAUCCGUGGAACAUUUUUGAUCUUAUUACUGUAUUAGGCAGCAUUGUGGAUGCACUCUGGAUGGAAUUCGGGUCGAACUCAAUCAACGUUGGCUUCCUGCGUUUGUUUCGUGCGGCGCGUCUUAUAAAAUUACUUCGUCAAGGAUAUACAAUACGCAUUCUCCUGUGGACCUUUGUACAAUCUUUUAAAGCACUUCCAUAUGUCUGUUUGCUUAUUGCAAUGCUAUUUUUUAUUUACGCCAUUAUUGGCAUGCAGGUAUUCGGAAAUAUCAAACUAGGUACAGUGGAAAAUUCCAUUACUAGGCACAACAACUUCCAGUCAUUUAUACAAGGCGUCAUGUUGCUCUUCAGAUGUGCAACAGGCGAAGCGUGGCCCAACAUAAUGCUCGCAUGCCUCAAAGGGAAGGCCUGUGACGAUGAUGCUGAGAAGGGUGCCGGAGAGUACUGUGGUUCGACGUUGGCCUACGCCUAUUUCGUAUCGUUUAUAUUCUUUUGUUCGUUUCUAAUGUUAAAUCUGUUCGUGGCCGUCAUCAUGGAUAAUUUCGAUUAUCUCACGAGGGACUCAAGUAUACUGGGUGCUCAUCACUUAGACGAAUUUGUGCGCAUAUGGGCGGAAUAUGAUCCAAAUGCGACUGGUAGAAUACAUUAUACCGAAAUGUAUGACAUGCUGAAAAAUAUGGAUCCUCCUUUGGGAUUUGGUAAUAAAUGUCCGAACCGCCUUGCCUACAAGAAACUUAUACGUAUGAAUAUGCCAUUGGACGAUGAAUUAAGAGUCCAAUUCACCACAACGUUGUUUGCUCUGAUUCGAGAGAAUCUUAGCAUUAAAAUGCGCGCACCGGAGGAAAUGGAUCAGGCGGACAUAGAGCUCAGGGAAACCAUCACGAACAUUUGGCCAUUGCAGGCCAAGAAAAUGUUAUAUCUUUUGGUUCCUCCCAUUGAUCAAUUGAACAAAGGAAAACUGUCAGUUGGUAAAAUCUAUGCAGGUUUUCUCAUAUUGGAAUCCUGGAGAAAUACAAGAUUCGGACAGAUUGAUUCAGGCAUGCCGAAUUGGAAGGAGCGGAAGAAACCCGAUGAUGAUGAUGAUCGUAAAUGUAGCCCAACGGCAGUCGAGGAGCCGAAACAAUCAUUCUUUAACUGCCUGCUCGAUAUGGCAGCCCUUGACAAAGGAGGAUCGCGACAGGGCUCCAUAAGUUUUGAGCCGAACGGGGAAGGAGGCGCCAACUCACAAACACAUUUAUUAGCAAGCACUUAUCACGCAAAUGGUGAUGUCGAACACAACAGUUUGGCAACACUUGCACGUCGGAGUACGAUCAGAAAGCGAUCUGUUAGAUGCUGGAUCUACAAGAUUCGUCGAGACAUCCAUCACAAGAAUCGCUGACUGGUCCCGAUGCUGGCCAUUUACAUCCUGGACAUUCGUAUAUAAAUGGCCAUCGGCAUUCGCCUAGCUUGAGACACAACGGUUCUCCUUUGGCCAGAUCGCCAAGUCCUAGGCGACGCGGCCAUCAGUACAUACAUCAUGAUAUCGGGUUCUCCGAUACCGUAUCUAAUGUUGUAGAGAUGGUCAAGGAGACUCGACAUCCUAGGCAUAGCAA